AUGGUAUUGGCGGGACAGCAACAAACAGCUGAACUCAAGUUAGCUCUAGAUCAAGAGUUACACAAAAGUAAACAAUUGGAGGAAUAUGUGAACAUAACAGCUGAACUCAAGUUAGCUCUAGCUACAUGUCAUACAAACUACUCGACUGAGAACGGCACUGUGUUUAUAAGUCGCAUAACACCGAUGCAAGUCGUAAAUAUGCUUAACUCGAUGUACAGUAUGUUUGAUGAGCUGACGGAACGGCACUGUGUUUAUAAGGUGGAAACAAUAGGGGACGCGUAUAUGAUAUGUAGCGGGGGUGGUAUAUUGGAUGGCCAGGAUAAUCUGAAUCACGCCCAUAAAGUAUGUGAGAUUGCAUUGGAUAUGAUACGAGUGGUGUUCACACUCCGGGACCCUUCGAGUGGAAACAGUCUUAAUAUAAGAAUCGUGAAUACUGCCAGUCGUAUAGAGAGCUCGAGUGAGGCCCAGAUGGUGCAAAUCAGUGAGAUGACCAAGGGCAUGUUAGACCAAAACGAAUGGGAUAUAUAUGAAAGGGGAACCAUUCAAUUGAAAGGCAAAGGAUUCAUGAAGGAUCAGUCGUCGGAUAAUAGCAGCACUUGUGGCGACGACACGGACAAGAGGUGUAUCGGGAGGCAAACCGAGCGCCUACUGGUCACCGGUGACCAAAUGUGUUCGUCCCGGUCGUCAUCGUUGGCCGCGUUGGACGACAAGUAUAACCGGUCGGCGCUGAACGACAACCGAUCGCUAAUACCUUUGGUCUCAAUGACACAAAACAACACUUUUAGCCAAAAACAAUUGAAUCGUUUAAUGGCAUUGCAAUUAAGCAAACAAUUAUUUCUAUCUGAUAACAUCAACACUACGACCACCGCUACUAUCGCUGACAACGAGAAAAACAAUAUUAAUUAUAAUAUUAAAAAUAACGAGAAAAAUGUGUCUAUAAUUGGCUCCGAAGGACAACUACAACAACAGCCGCCGGCGCUCUCGUCGGUGGCUAUCGAUAGACUCAAUACAAUCCACAAUCCGCUGAUGACCGGCGACGCCGAG